GGAGGAGGGGUGAGUUAUCUUACUGUUAUAACAGGGAGGAGGGAUGACUUAUCUUACUGGCUACAACAGGGAGGAGGGAAUACAACAAUUAUUGGAAAUAUGACUGUGAAGAAUAUGAACAUACAAGACAAUCCUGAGCUAGAUUUCUAUGCUCUGAUCUACGGAAUGGGUGUGAUUGCCAUAGUUGUUUUUACAGUUUUCAGAGCCUUUCUUUUUAUGAAGGUUACACUUCGUGCUUCGAGCAAGAUGCAUGAUAGAAAUUUCAGAAAAAUUCUAAGAUGUCCCAUGACAUUUUUUGAUUCUACUCCAAUUGGGAGGAUCGUCAAUAGAUUUUCCUAUGACAUGGAUGAAAUUGAUGUCCGGUUACCAGCCAGCGCUGAAGUUUUCCUAAUGAACAUUCUAAUGAUAAUAUUUGCCCUCAUUAGUAUAGCCUAUGUUUCCCCCUAUUUCCUUAUUGCCCUUUUACCCCUUGCUAUUGCCUUUUUUGUGUUGAACUUUGUGUUUACUUCCGGUGUUCGUGAAUUAAAGAGAAUGGAUGCUAGAACCCGUUCCCCGUUGAUCAGCCAUAUCACUGCCACUGUGCAGGGGAUCAGCACCAUUCACGCCUUUGGAAAAUCUACAGAAUUUAUGGAUAGAUUUCACCAGCUGCUAGACACCAAUUCGGUGCCUUUCUUCCUGUUUUCAGCGUCCAAUCGCUGGCUUGCCAUUCGCCUUGAUCUCCUAUGUGUAAUUGUGGUAGGAGUGACAGGUCUUCUAGUAAUUGUUACCAACAUUCCAACAGCAUUAGCAGGCAUGGCCCUGGCUUUCUCUGUACAGAUGACAGGGUUAUUCCAGUUUACUGUGAGGAUGGCAAUAGACACAGAGGCCAGAUUUACCUCUGUGGAGAGACUCUCACAGUAUGAAAAGGAAGCAGAAUCAGAGGCCCCAUCCGUCAUCAAGAAAAGCCGUCCCCCAGAUGACUGGCCACACGAGGGGACAUUAGUCUUUAAGAGCGUCAAGCUCCGGUACAGAGAGAACCUCCCCCUGGCCCUGAAGGGCGUGUCCUUUGAUGUACUACCUCAAGAGAAGAUUGGCAUUGUGGGUCGAUCAGGCUCAGGAAAAUCGUCUUUGGGUGUGGCUCUGUUUCGGUUGGUGGAGCUAGAUUCUGGGACCAUUAAGUUAGAUGGUAUUGACAUAUCAACACUAGGAUUAGAGGAUCUGAGGUCUAAGCUUGCCAUUAUACCACAGGAUCCUGUCCUCUUCAUAGGAACCAUCAGGUACAACUUAGAUCCGUUUGGAGAGUACAGUGAUGAAGCAUUAUGGCCAGCUCUAGAAAAAUGUCAUAUAAAGGAAACU